CAUCCACCAUCAGUAAUUUUCACAGCGCUGUAUGUCGGUGUUAAGAGAUUUUCACAGCCUUUUCAGGCAGAAUUUUGUUGAACGAGACGAACAAAUUGAUGAAAAUUUUCAAUCGAAGUGAUGUUAUAGGUUCAUAGAGCAGAUGUGUCUCAUGAAAUGUAACGAAAAUGUGAAAAUGUCGCCGUGAGAAAGAGAAAUAUGGAUUGCGAUGAUGGUGGUUGGACUACAUAGAUUUUACCAUAAUUUUUUCUCGUGCUUCUAAAGUGAAAAUUGUGAAGAAAAACGAUUGAAAAUCUUUGAUUUUACAGACAGAAUAGCUCAGCUGCUCGGCGUAGCUGAGCUAGAAAAGCGAUGACCGCUGUGGGAAACAUUUUUUAGCUGUUACGUAACGAAAUUGUAACUGCUGUAGGAACAAUAUCUUAUUUUACGAAGUGAAAAACAAACUCAAAAUUUUUCCAAAGAGAGACAACAAUUCUUCUAUCCAGUCAUUAAUGACCGGAUCCUUUAGAGUCCAGCUCAUCAAUAUGGGCACACGAGCUGCGGCCUUUCAGGCCAAGCUUCGCUGUCUCCAUGACUAUCACCUACGCCUUCUGCACAACAUUGUUCCGCCUCCUUCUGGCAUUGAUAUUGCAAAUACUAUCAAAUACUUUUCACAGACCUUCUUAACUGUCCUUAAAGACGUACCAAUAUCGCCACAUCAAAUGAUCAAAGAUCCAGCACAAGACCACUUACGCAUGUCUGCCUAUCCAAAUUUGGAAUAUGGAAAUUUGUACAAUGCAAUAGCGAUGCUGUUGGAUGUUGCCCAUAAUAUACAAUUUGGACUAAACGCUUUUGGAAAAGCUGUCCUUCAGUGUCUAGCUACAUCUUUACCAUUCUUGGACAAAGACCUUAUCGAUAAUAUACCGUACUUAACCGCUUCAUGUAUAUGUGUGCUUCCACCUGCCCUGCAUCAAGACGUUAUCAAUACACUAUGCUACUAUAUUCUCCCAUUCACGAUCACCCGACAGAGUAUAUUUGAAGACCAGGAAUGCCAUUCAUGCCAAUCUGUGUCAUCGGUCAUUAUGCUUGUGUUUCAGUACUCGAACAAUCCAGCGCAUCACUGUCAGCUCCUGGAAUGUCUGAUGACAUUCAAGCAGAAUGUAGUUAAAGAUCUGUUGUGUGUAAUUGCGUAUGGAACGGCUAUCUCCCGUUCUUCGGCUGCUAAACUAUUGUUCUACUAUUGGCCAGCGUUCAAUGCAAACUUAUUUGAUCGGAAGGGACUUCUAUCGAAACUAACCAACGAUAUGAUACCAUUCAUAUGCCAGCGAGACAAUUGUCCAAACGCUGGUAAUUCUGAGGCAGCCAAAGUCUGUUACGAUCACAACGUCAGCAUUACAUAUGCAACAGAUUGCCCACCGCCAUUGUAUUUGUGCAUUGAAUGUGCAAAUGAAAUCCAUCGAGAAAAUCCGAAUCAGACGUUCGGUGACCUUUUACACCCGAUGGCUCAAGUAUCGAUGGUGUGCGAAAAUAAAAAUUGUCGAUCAACUGAGAAGUCUGCCAUUUCGAUAUGCUUCUCGCCGGAAUGUGCUAGCUAUAACGGCAACCAUCCUAUAAGAUAUUGUGCGCAAUGCCAUGGCAAUCGGCACAAUAGUCGUCGUGGAGGUGAUCAUAUUGUACAUCGAAGCUUACCGCCUACAUGGCAAAUGGAUGCAGAAAUGCAAACGUAUAUGGUCGAGGCAGUGAUUAGUCUACUUCGGGAAGCUAAACCACUCAGCUUUGAACCAGGUCGAGAUUCAUCGGAAGCUCGUUCGUAUCCAUACAACAUGCCGCAGGAUAAUAUCUCGUUGGAGGAACGACAACAAUUGGGCCGUUAUGGCAUCUGGUUAUUGGUCGGUCGAUGCACCCCAACACCAGACACUCCAGUUGAGAUACUAAGUCGUCUGCUGUCGAUGCUUUUCCAUUGGUUUCAUGUAACUGCCUAUUCGAACGACGUACAAAUCGAGAGUACCGUUGAAAAACUGAAAUUGGAACACGUUUGCGGCUGGCUGAAAGAAAUCUGCCAAAGUCACUACAAGGAGUUCAUUUCCUGCCUUCUGCCCCAUCCACCCGAAUAUGCUCGCGUUGGUGGACAUUGGGAUACGCUAGCAUCAAAGACGUGUCAUUUGAAAGAGGGAUUGCAACGGCUCAUUUGCCUCGUUCCGUACGAAGUGAUCAUAACGUCCGAGAUCUGGGAUAUUGUCAUGCCCCAUUGGAUGGAGGCAAUUACGAACGAUGUUCCCGAAAAAGAACUGGGAGAGUUGAAAGUCGUGCUGAGCAAAAUUCUGGACGCAGACUGUAAUCCACUGGGUUUCGAUGCUAAAACGUUGUACAACUUUGUGACGAUAAGAUUCGAAAAAACAACAGCAAAAGUGCAACAACAAGCAUUGCAUUGGUUGCAGAUACUGAGCAAACUGGAGAUACUAAUACCGUUAUCGCAACUGUUUGCCAUGUUCGGCGACGGUGUAAGAAUCAUGAAACAGCACGAAAUGAACAAAGAGAAAGACGAAAGAGAUUGCAAGCCUGGAAAGGAUAAGGAUGCUCAACCUCAACCGCCCCGCCGGAGUUCUAUCUCUCCGGUUGUGGAAGACGAUUCGGGAAACACAUCAGCCAUGUCUGACGAUGAGGCUCCAACAUCUCGCCAUACCGAAUUUUCUACCGAUGCCGAACAUAAUCUCACAUGUUGCAUUCUGAUGCUAGACAUUCUGUUGAAACAACUAGAACUUCAGGAUAUCGAGCAACACAUGGGCAUCAACACAAAUGUAUGCGAGAAUGUGUGUCGUCUCUUAAAAUGUAUGGUAACUGCAGCCAGAGUCGGACUGGGCAGUCAUGUCUGUGCACUGAAGGUAUCUGAAUGCGCUUACUGUGAAGCUUCAAUCAUGUGGCAUCAAUUGUCAACGAAACUAGUCCAGUACAUGGCACCAGAAAAUCCUGUUCGUCCACCGGAUCCUCCCAUCGAAGAAGUGUUUGAUGACGAGAAACCAGUCCGAAAGAGUCCACCCGAAUCGGAUAAAUCAAAGGAUCGAGACUGUUCGCUUUCAAUGGCUCCACUUCCGAUUCCACUCGGACCAUUAGGAUUUGGCGACAUAUGGAGAAUGCCAUCUAUUCUAGAUGAUCCCGGCAAAAUAAUUAUUAUGGCAGGACCAGUGCCAGUUGCCGUUCCGCAGCCUGAUCCACAUUCAGUUAGUGGCGUUCUGGUGCACAUGCCGCACGUUUGCUCUAUAUCCGAGCGCCGUGAAACCGACAUAGCUCGAUUUAUUCAUGCCACUGACGAGAUAAUGACGGCUACUGUGGAAACCGUUUCUGAACAACUGGAUCUGGCUGCGAUAAUGCCGUCCGAGAAAGUUGUCAGUGCAAUAGCUCGAUCGAUCACACUAUCUGAUGCGGACGUUGCUACCGCAACUGCACAAGUGUCCAAACCAUCGCUGGUAAUUGGCCCAGAUGUUCAUAAAAUAAAUGAGUCCGUCGAAGACCUUUCCGACGAAUUGGAAGACGGCGAAGACUUUUGGCAUACAUCCGUCGGAAAGUUUAAAUUCACGUUAGACACACUGCCUCAGCCAUUGCAAUACAUUCAUAAAUUGUUGUCGGAAUUGCCAACGAUAGAAAAGCCGGACAUUCUCUACUAUAUGCUUCAAUGUCUAAAUAUACUCGCGUUGCAUGGAGAUGCACUGGCCAAGGCAGCUCGUGAACAGCGCGGAUUUUUCAUUUGGUGUCAGGAAAAUUUGCUGAUUAAAAAUUUAUGGGAUCUGUGCAAUGCUGAAUACUCUCACAUUGCUGAGGCUUGUGUUCCAUUACUACUGCACUGUAUCACCCUGCCACUUGGCUCGGACGUAUUCUGGCGAAUUGUUCAAGAAUCAUUUCAUGAUGCUGAUUGGCGCAUACGGUUUACCGCUGUUGAACGGGUAACAGUGAUCACAAGAUUUAUGGACUCAACGCCUCUCCGAACAGAAGUGGGUCUACAAACAGCUCUGGCAACUGCAUUUUGUCAUUUAAUCGCCAGUAUGGACGAUGUAAAUGUCCAUGUUGCUCAGAGGGCUACACUUUAUCUUGGCACGGUUCAUGACAAGGCUAUAACGUCGCUACUGUUUUGCCUAGAAUCACAGUUCGAUCUGUUCAUUGUUGACCGGCCAGUGGUGUUACAGUCGUUAUAUCAACUGCACAAUUCGUUGUCCGAUCGACGAGUUCUCGGAUGGGACUUCUUCUUGAACCGGUUCGAUACGCUGUUUGUUGAGGCUCAAAUUAAUUUGGAAAAAAGCGGUGACAUCUCUUACCCCAGAGACCUUCGCAAUUCGGAAAAUGGAAGCGAAAUUCUGUCUAAUAAAAUCAGUAAAGCACGCGAGGCUCUCAGUCAAUCGGAUACGACGUGUAGUAUGGCAAAAACAUUGAGUGCUUCGUUCGGACCGAAAUGGCCAUACAAGAGAACGAUGUCAGCACCAGCUAACAUUAUACCCAGACAGGAUUCAAAGCUGGAAAAGGAAAAAGUGUACAGUCGCCAAAUAUCCGCCCCAAUACUCAAGAGAAAGAGUUCGCGUUUCGGAUUGGGUCAGUUUCUAUCUUCCGGCACUAAUAAUUCAUCACAUGUAGCUACAUCUCAGUCACUCCAUUCCCAUCACCAUCAACAUUUACAGAUAAAUUGCGCCCCCCAAACACAUCAUACGGUGCACCUAAAUCCGACAUCUUCGUCGGCAGGCACAACGCCAACCACACCGAAUCUCAUUACUGCACAACAGUUUCAGCAGCAACAGAAUCUGGGCUUUAAUGGCAUUAAUUUGGGGGCGCCAGAUGGUCAGAUGCAAUCGUUCGGUGGCGAUGAAACAAACUUAGCGGCCUGUUUGCAUCGCAUCAUUGAUUUGGAGGAGGCGGACAAGGAAACCAUUCAUUUGCUUAUUUUUCUGUUGAUGCAAUUUCUAUCGCGAGCGGAUCAGGCAUUCCCAUCGGAAGAGAAACCAAUGGCCAAAAUGCAGUCGAUUGUGCUGAAACAUUUGUAUUUGUUGCUCGGAUAUAGUCAAAUUGAGAAGUCAUUUCACGUUACGCCGAGUCGAAUGAGAUCAUCGGCUGUCUUUAACGUCUUCAUGGCCAAUUUACCGCAGGUUUUGGAUCAAAAUCACCUCAUGGGUUGGUGUCUACUGAAUACAUCAUUUCAAGUGUUGCUGUACGCUCCCAAUCCGAAUUCAAUGAAUUCGAAUGCUCCGGAAAAUUUACAGAACAUUGCAACGCAUAACUACACCUACUCACUGUGGUACCUCGAGGCACAUGUACGCAGAAACUGGUUAAUGUCAGUGCUGGUUAUCUUGUACAAGUACCAAUAUGGUCAGCCACCGUACAGUGGAAACAUUGCAAACUUGAUUCGAAUCAUUUUGAAUUCGUUGGAGGCUCAUUUCCAUCAGUGUAAGCGCAUUCCAGCAACAAUUGUCAUGGAUUUCCUGCCACCGAACAAGAGUCGCGAAGUCAGUCAACCGUCACUUGGAGCCGAUCAGGACGAUCGAUACGAUCUCAGCAGUCCACCGGCAAGUCCGCUGUUUGCCGAAGGAACCAGUCAGGGUUCACACGGUGCGGCAGCUAAGGGCAAACAGACGAGCUUCAGCCAAAAGUUUCGAAAGUAUCACGAUUCCAGUUUAGAUGCCGAUGACACUGAAUCGGAACUGGUUGCCAUUCCGGAAAGCGAUCAAUCGGACAGUACAUUGCAUGGUGGCAGUGCACCGGGUUCGUUCGAUGAUCCACUUCAUUUCGAGGAAAUCGUGACUCCGCUUCGGUCCGAAAUAUUCAAAGGGAAGAAUGCUCAGAUAACCACUUCCAAUCUGGCUCAGUUGGCAAUGUCUACACUUGGAGUUACCGAACGAAUCGAAGAUAAACACGAAUCAAAGAAAAUCAAGAAAAUUACAUCCACAGACAAGUCCAACAAUCAAACCAAUACAACUGUGACCACAACAACGACUAUUGAAUCCAGCAGCAAAAUCAGUGUCACCCACAGUAAAUGCAGUGUUCAAGAAGGAGUUCGUAUGAUGGUCACACCGUCAAUGUUUGGAACACCAGCUGCAGCACUGAAUGAAAAGGUGAUUGUGAAUCCACCGCCAACCGUCCACAAAUCCGUAGUGGUGAGCCAGACCGAUUCAACGUCGAAAAUGUUUGCCAGCAUUGCGAACAGUCAACUAAAGACUGUGGGUGCCGUUGCCAUUGUUGGUAAUCCUCCAUCACAAGCUAAAGCAGAAGAAAUUGUUGUCACAUCCAAGCCACCACUAGCUACCAGAUCGAAUGGCACCAACUGGAUCGAACCACGAACUCAGUCGCCAACGUCACGUCAAUUGGGCCGUCAGAAAAGAAUCCCAGAUACUAACACAGCACCAACAUCCCAAGCGGGAACUCCAUCUCCAUCUAUCGAUGAUAUGAAGUCAUUCAGUCGAUCUCAUUCGCGUCGGAACGCGAAGUCCUUCGACAAAUCUGAUUGUCUGUCGCCCGAAUCUCCAAUGUCGAAAAUGAAUAUUUUGCCCAAUCCACAGGACACUCCCGACAGUAUGAUGUCGCCGAAGAGCAUCUCACAACUUGAAAUCCCCACCCAAGAACGUCUGUUGCCUAUAGGUCAACUCGGUAAGGACGGCAUGGAGUCUCUGGUCGAUAAGGUGCGAGAAGCUCUUUCAAUUACCGACAUCGGUCACAUGAAACGCGAUCGUAACAACGACAAGAGCGGGGUAAGUGGCAUACAAAAAGAUGGUUGUUCCUCGCAGCACAGUCGCGCCACAUCACCCAGACGUCUCAUCAAACAAGUCGCACUCGAAUCACCACCGACAAAUGCAUCCGAUGAAUACUCUUCGUCGCAUCAACAUCAACACACUACGACGUUAAAAACCGUUUCCCACGAAAUCAAGUCCGACAAGUGUAAUGCCAAAGAGGAAUCGUAUUUGACGCAGCGUCAACGUCUACGAAAAACCGGACCAUUUGCUGUUGACUCCCAGCAAAUACCCGAUGAACGAAUCAAAUAUGCGGGGUCAUGGCCUCCGCAAGACGCAUAUUUGAAAGACGACACCGAAAAUCAGGACGAUGAUGGUGGUGGAGGAGGAAACGAACAGUACCCGUCGGAUCAGAAACAGAGUUCGAAUCGUGUUGGUGAUGACUGUGUCUGCCACCGAUGUUCAGAGUGCGGAGUCUUGUUGGAGGAAUAUAGUGACGAAGAAAUUGGUAUCAUGGUUAUAGCAUUGGGAACGUUCAUACAUCGGGAAGCAGCAAUAGCCGCACCGUUUUUACCAGAAAUUUUGUCGACGGUCACAAAAUACGCCAUGCGUUCAACAUUCCCCUGGCAGCAAUACAAUUCCACAAGUUAUUUACCUGGAGGAUCUCAAUCUGUGGCUCAUCAGUUCAUCCGAUGCGUUCUGCAUCAAUUGGCUCCGAAUGGAAUAUUCGUUCAAAUGUUUUUGACGCAGGCUGCUGAAACGACACGUCGCAAAUAUUUCAAAAGCAUAUCGAAAGCGUUGAUCGAUUUCCAAGAGCUCAAUCCAACGAGUCCUGUGCAUAUGCUGGUGGAAAAUCUGAAUUCGAAGAAGACACUUCCGUUGGACACACUUCCGACAUGGCUGCGAAACUUGGGAGAAUACUUGCAAUGCGUACCGGUAGAUGCUGGUGCUGGUACUGGUGUUGGUAGCUGGCCGCCAGUCGUGCAAGGGAUCGAAACUCUGUUCCGUCGAAUUAUUUUGAGUCUUCAGACGUUAGACGAACCGACGUACUUGUUGGAUAUAAUGGUGUGUUUGCUGAAGAUUCCGAGCGUUUCAAAGGGUGUAUUGGAACCAUUUUCCAAGAUUUUGAGCCAUUGCCUACAGAAUUCGAUCGUGAAGCACAAAGUGCUGAAUGAUUUGUGCUCGCUUAGUGCUAAAGCAUUUUCGAAGGAACGCGACAAAAAUCAACUUACUCGUCAAACCGUUUUCGAGCUGGUUCAAGCAUUGAAAUUCAAAACCAACAUUCCGGACGUGAAUCUACUGCUACUGGUCGGAUUCAUACUACAAGACGCUGGCGGUGUGCUUCCUCCGGGUAUUAUCGACGGAUUGGAGACACUGCCAGUAUACACGACAAAUGCAGCCGACUGUACGCGCCAGUAUCUCAACGAUAUCGUGGACUUUUUGGCCGAUUUUCACACUCUGUCGAAAAUCAAAAAUUUCAAAAAUGGUUCCGUUGUGACCGGUCUAAGCGAAGACACUCUGGGCGGCAUUCUGAAAGGUGCAAUUGCACAAUUUUUGGCAUUGGAAAUGUCCCGUGGAAAUUCCAGGGACAACAAGGCCGUCUCAAGAUAUCUUCCGUGGUUGUACAACGUCCCAUCAUCGUUGCAACAGGGACCCAAAGAAAUCACCGAAUGUUUGUCGCAUGUUCGCUUGUUAUCGUGGCUGUUAAUCGGGGCACUAACACAUACCGCUCUGAUGACACAUAAAGGUGGAUUGAUUGGUCAACAUGGUGCGGCGGUUCACUAUCAUCUUCAACAUCCAGGUCACACAAUUGCUCAGCCAAUUCCACAAGAAGCGAGUUGUCACAUCGCUGAUCACAUUCAGACAAUUUUUGCCGGAUUCUCAGAGCAGUCGAAAACCUCGGUCAUCCACAUGUCAACACUGUUCCAUGCAUUUACAUUGUGCCAAUUGUGGACAGUCUACCUGGAACAAUUAUCUUGCAUCUCUCCACCCACGUCCGAGGCGCACAAUGUGACCAUGACGAUUCUAUUUGAAUUUUGGGGCAAGGUCACUCCCUCCAUAUUGCAAAUUGUGUCAACGUCGAAAAUUGUCUCUGAAAUGGUGAAUCUUCAUUUUCUCAGCCUAUUAGAGGGUCUAAAGGAAACCGGUUCAACAAUACUGGCCAAGCUACUUCCGCUGUGGAGUCCAGUGCUGUCGUCACAGACCCAAUUGUCGGUAACACUGCAUGUUAGGCUACAAGGCUGUCGGGAUUUUGCACCGUCCAUUGACAAUCAGGAAGUGCAUGCAUCUGAAGUGUUGCUGAAAUGGCUGCAACGGUUGCAAUUCAAAAUGGGACAAAUUGAACUGCAGUCAUCGACAGCCACACAGUUCUAUUCGAUUUAAGGAUUUGUUGUCGUGUUAGGGAAUUUAUGACGACGGUUGCUGAUGGGUAAGUUUGAAAAAGCUGCAGUGCUUUCUUCUCACCUUUUCUGAGCUUUAAGCUUCAGUCGGAUUUCAAAGAUUACGUGAAGUUCACGAAAGCUCUUCAAAGCUGUCAAGGAAUUACUGUUGUUGGUUUGGCCUGACAUGGGAGCUUAGCAGGAUGUCUAGCUGUUCUAUUUAUUGAUAUGUAGAAGCCAUUAAUGUUUUAGUGUGUCAGAGAAUAUUGAUAGAAUGAAUUUAUUAAAAAGAUGUUACUCGUA